AGAAGAAGACUGUGCUAAACGGAAACAGAAGUGAUGCUGGAGUUGACUUAAGCUGCCUAUGUUUUUUUCACCGUCUUUACAAACAAAGGCGGGGUUAAGUCUCAUAAGGUCUUAAAGCGCUCGUUAGACUAGACUCCGCAUUGUCUCAGCCACCCCCAACAAUAAAACGAGCGCGCACUCCCUCUCUUUGGGAGGAGUGACUUCUUGGCAGCUGAAACUGAAGCUUAAGCGAGACAAGACGACAAAACCCCAAGCAACACCAAAAACGGUAGAAAGUUAUCGUUUCAACCAGAAUGUCUUCAUUAAGCAGCAAAUCUGAGCAGGAAAUCGCGGAUCUGUUGGAUGAAAUGGGGAUAAAGCACGGGCCUGUGGUCGGUGAGUGACUCAGAUUCAACGUGGAGCUUGAUUCAGUUUUCUUACUGUGACAGAAUGUGAUCAUGCUUUCUGUUUCCAUCUUUCCAGAACUCCUUUAAGUACUGAUUAUGUUUGAUUUGUUUGUUCUUAGACUCGACCAGAAGUCUGUAUGAAAAGAAGAUAAGAGAGGCCAUGGCCAAAGGGAAAAAAGCGAAACCACCAUCUGAUAAAACUUUCUACAGAGAAGAGGGUAACUGUGAUCUAUAUACUACACUGUGUGAACUAGAUUUAACCACAAUCAGUAGACUAACACUGAACCAGUAUGUCAGGAUUCUUUUUCUCUGAGUUUAAUAAGAUUCUGGAUUUGGUAUUCUGAAAGUAUUUCUGAUAUAGGUGUAGGUAUCCUGCUUGUUUUGAUAUUCAGUCUCAAUGUGUGUGUGAUUUUAUUUCAGAGGAGGAAGUCACCUUUCUCUCAUACAAGACACCUGUAAGUAUUUCUCUCCAUAUAUUUUGUUUUGUUUUGUUUUGUUUUUUUAGUUUGGUACCUCAGACUGCGUUCUGAUGAAUUCUGCAAGUGACCAUUGUGAAAUAAGAUGCACAAAAAUACCUAGACAUUUAACUACAGAUAUAAACACAAAUGGAUGAGAAUCCAUGUAUUUCUUCCCCCUUUGUUUCUAAUCUGAUUGAGAAGGACCAGAGAUACACAUAUGCCAGUAAACUGAAGUAACUGGGUGUGCACUGUGUACAUCAGCACUAUUAUAUAAACUAUAUUUCAUCUUUUCUAUAUUUCUUAUUGUAGAGGAGUGAUGGCUCAGGAGACAGGUAUGUUCCCUCAAAAUUCUUUUUUCCAACCCUCAUACACAAAUUACAGAUUAUAAAAUAAUCCUGUCUUAUUUUGCUUUUUGUAGUGGGUCACACUCAAGGUUUCGACCAGAGUGGAAUGAAAGAGAGUACGAGUAAGUUGGAUUAAGACAUGUCGAUGUCCCAUUAUUUCAAUCCAAUCAGAUCACAUAAAUGUUGGAUUUAACAAUCCUUUUUUUUUUUUCGUUUAUCCAGCAGGUCUUUUACGAGGUCAAGACCAGAGUGGAAUGAGAGUAAACAAGAGUAAGCUUUAAAUACGCAUACUUUUUUUUUUUUAGAAGAUGCUGACUGAGAAUAUAAUCUGUCAGUGGGAACACAAAUUUUCCCACUGUGGAUAAACAGAAAAAGGCAUUAAAAUAAAAAUAAUUCUACUAGAAUACACUAAAGACAGAUUUCAUCAAAGCGCCUCAUUAGUUUUUUUAGUGUUAGUUGUUUUUGAUGUUUUUCUAGUGUUCUGUUCAUUAUUUGAGAAAAGCUUUAUUGUUUGGGGGAAAAAAUGACACUGACUAUCGUUUAUCUAGAGAGUCUUUCCGGAGUUCAAGACCAGAGUGGACUGAAAGAGAGCAGGAGUAAGUUGGAAUAAGACAUGUUGAUGUGAAUUUUGUGGGGCGAUAGCCCCAUUAUUUCAACCCCAUCAGAUCACAUAAAUGUUGUAUUUAACAAUUCCUUUUUUUCUUGUUCAUUCAGCAGGUCUUUUCUGAGGUCAAGACCAGUGUAUGAUGAGAGAGAACAAGAGUAAGCUUUUCAUACACAUGCUGUUUUAGAAAUACAAACUGUUUCAUCACGUGUAACAAUGUAUAUCAUUCUAUAACAGAAGGUCCUACAAAAGCUUCUCUCGGCCUCAGCCUGAUUACAGCCGAAGGAAUUUUGCCAAUGAGUAAGUACGUAACUACUAAAAGUAACAGCAGCAUCUGUGUGGCAAAGAGCACCUCAUUUUUAACUGAAAGGGUGCUAGUUUGUAGUGGAGAAUCUGACCUCUGGUAUGCAGUAAUAUCUCUGUCCCCUUUUCAGACCUGACAUGUACGACACACCCUCCACCUACAGAUCUUCCUAUUUGAAAUCAACACCUGUAAAACCUGCCCAAGAAGCACCACCCCCAGCCGAGUCGUCUCGCCUCGUCCCGCUCUGGGUUCAGUUUCUUUUCUUCCUGGCUGUGGCCGUCUUCCUCUAUAUCGUGUUUUCCAAUAUGGAGACGAACGAGCAGCUCAAAGUGAUCGAUUGAUUUUGGUUUUACUCUUGUUCAGUUUGUUGGAGUGUUUACACUCCAUUAUGCAUUUUAAAAUGGAGAAUGUAUUUUUGAUUUUUACAUUUAUAUUGGACAAAAGUCAUUUUAAGGUUUUUGAGAUAUCUUGGUGCAAUUGGAUUGCAGUUCAUUUCCUUAAAGGUAAAAAUAUAUUUGUCAGUAAUCUUCAUAACCAGCAAAACUUAGAUGAAAGUAGAAGUUUACAACGACAGGUCACUGGAAAAAAAGGACAAUUACAACAGCAGCUUUUAUCAUUCUUCUAUUUAGACAGCUGUAUGAAGAGUUGGUAUAUUGGACACUACAAACGGCAAAGCAAUUUAGUCGACUCCUUCACACCCUAAAGCUUCAACAAUAACCUCCACUGACACACCAACUGCUAACAGUGGAUCUGUUUUUCUUAACAGACAUUAUCUGUUGACAGCAGUAUCGUAUAAAUUUUCAUUACAUUAAAUAUUAUGUGAUAUGAGAAGAACAGUUCUCAUUUUACUUGUAUGUGAACUUUCUUCUUUUUAUAGUUGCUCCAAAGACCACACAGCACUACAUUUCUAUAACCGCGCAUCAACCGACUGCAGUUUCAUAUCAAAGAUGCUGCAACAGCAUACCAAACCUAUUUUCAUUUCAUUGUGCUUCUUAAAAAUGGUGUAAUCUUUUGUGUUGUGCAUAGCACUAAUAGGAUGAUUUACCUGAUUCUUGUAUUUUGCGUUGUCGGUGGGUACUACAAUCUUCCCACUGUAAGUAAAUGGUAAAAGGCAGAAAUAAUUAUACUAGAAUACACUUAAGACCGAUUUCAUCAAAGUGCCUCGUUGUUUUUUUAGUGUUAAUUGGUGUUGAUGUUUUUUCAGUGUUCAAUAUAUUAUCUAAGAAAAGCUUUAUUGUGUGGGGAAAAUAUGACACUGACUACAUAGCAAGACGUUAAUCCUUUGUUGAAGUCAUAAAGUUUUUUACAUUUUACAACCUUUACAUCCUGUGGAGUCUCACGUUUUUCUGUUUGUACUCAAACUAUAAAAAAGCUUGUACAUUCAAACA